CUGGAGCCCACCUGGAGUCAGAUAAUUAGUGGCGGUGAAAAUGGACAUGAAAACCGUCGGAACUUUAUUCGAUGCAUUUCAUGCCAUGAAGUCUUAAUUAGCCCCGUCCAGUUACCGUGCCAUCAUGUGUGCUGCAUUUCGUGUGCUCGGAAGAACCGCGACGCUUCUAACGUAACCAGCUGUUCGGAGUGCAACGAAGCGUUUCGGCUUAGCGAUGAAGAGAUCCAAGAGGAUAGCUUGAUCAAGUUUUUCAUCGAUUCUUUGUCGGAAAAAUCUGAGGUCUGUGCCAACUGCGAUCAGGUCUGCGACUGCAUGGUUUUCUGUGAGACAUGCCAACAGGCGUUGUGCAUGGAAUGCAAGCAAGCCACACACCAUGCAAAGAUGUUCCAGUGCCAUAAGCUGACCGUGCAGGAGGAACGCAUCAACGGCGGUACGGUACGAAAAUGCGGUAAACACGGGGAACCGCUCAUCCUGUUUCGAUCAGAUACAAAGUCGUUAGCGUGCAUCAGCUGCUUUCUGCAAGUGAAGGCGGAAUCUCGAAUCCAUUUCCUCGACUUAGACGAGGCGUACUGCCGAACUUUGAAAAAGCUUUCCAAGUUGCUUGAGGUAAUUGUGAAAUAG